AUGCUGCUAAAUUUUUAUGUUGUUCAUGUAUUUCCCGGUGUUGGCGUGACAAGAAACAAUGGAGAUAUGAAUACAUCUAGGACUAGUGUUGUACGCCCACCACCAGUGGAAGAAGUGGUGGUCAUGGCUGAAAAUACAACUGAAAGUCAGCAGACUGAUCAAGGAGUGACAAAAGAAAGGAAAAAACGGGGCAGAACAAUUUGCAAACAACUUAUUAACUUGAAACCUGGGCAAAAGUUGCCAAUCAUCUUCAAAAACAGACGUGGUGCUGGUCCUAAUGGAUCCGUCUGGUCAAGCUACCUUGGCACAAUUAUUCGGAACUCACAGAUGUGCCCAGUUAGAAUUAAGGAUUGGGAUGAGAUAGGUAGAGAAGAAUUAGAACAUAUGUGGGCUGCAGUUCAGGAAUCUUUUACAAAUCCUGAUAUGGAAUCUGCAAAGGAGGAUGUUUUCGACCAUAUGAAUGAAGUGUGGAGAACUUGGAGAUCUAAGAUGAAUUGUAAACAUGUGAAAGUUCGUGACAACUUGGAAGAUAUUCUCGGAGAUGUUCCGGAAUUCCUCAACAAAGAAGAUUGGGAGUGGGUUGUGAAGGAGAAGUUUCUUUCUAAAGAAUUUCUGGAGAUAAAUAAGAGAAAUGAAGAAACAGAGCAAAGAAAACAAUGA